AUGGUAGUCGUCCGAGAGUCGCCGCGCUCCAAAUUGUCUCCCGACAAGAACACGACCCAAUGGCCGCCCAAAUCACCUUUCCAGGCUUUGCUCUCCUCGCCGAGCGGUAGGAAGAGAUGGCAGGAUCGCCAAAGUCGCGCAGGUGACAGGAGCCCGUCGCCGAGUCCCUCGAAACCUUUGCGCAGUACGAGAGCUCUUGACGAGUUGGCAGAUAUGGACGACGAGGAUGGAGACGAGGACGAGGAGACGCUGCAACUGCAGCUGCAGGCAAUACAGGCUAAGCUGAAGCUGAAGAAGCUGCAAGCGAAGCAGAGGUCGAGUGGAGACGGCGCGAGUAGUGGACGAGAGAGCAGACAGGACAGUGUCAGAUCAUCUUCCCCGAGGACGCGCAACAUAUCGCCCACGAGACUGUACAAAGCUGCUGUAGAAGUGCCCCUUUCGCCGGUGAGGAACGUCAGGGAGCCGCAGGAACAACUAUCACCAGCACGGCAGCGAUUGGGUCUGCCAGCAGUUCGUCGGGCAGAAGCCGUGUCACUCAAGAGAUCAAGCCAUGGAAACCAGAUCAAACGUUCGAGGUCACACCAGUCGCUGCAAUCCGCGAUCAAGGACGAUAUCCCCAAAGUCUCGAGCUUCAGCCAGCGAUUGGCUCAGAGCAAGACUGAGUCGGAUGAGAAGAAGGCAAAGCAAGAACGCAUUGAGAAGGUGCGAAGCUCUGGAUUCGCCCACAGGCAGGAUGAUACCGUAAGGACACAACAAACACCAAAUCCUCGAACGGCGCGGACCCUAGAUACUGCAGAGAGGCCUUUGUCAGCCGGACAGGCGCGCGGGCGAGAGCCAGCGACCUCAGGUAUCCGUCGAUCGGACUCAGCACGAACUCCACGAGAGGAUCAGCAGCCUCGAGCACGGCCGAAACCGAUCAACCCGGGAGCGUACGGUCAAGAUUCGGGUACAGGACAUGCUGGCAAUGACAGUGACAAAUCUCCAUACGUCGAGGAUGUCGACGAUGAUGCUGGCUACGACCCCUUCUCGAAAGUUCACCUGAAGAAGCGCCACAUUCAGCACUCUGUUGUGGCACGGGAGAUGGAGGGUAAAGAAAUAUACACCCUGCCGCGGUUGCUGAAAGAAGUGAAAUCGCCGGAAUACGAGCCUCCAGAUUGCGAGACAGACUACAUUCUGUUUGCCGUCCUCGCCUCGAAGUCCAGUCCGCUCGAUCAGCAACAAUCCCAUAAGAGUGCAGAUAAGUCGAAAGAGGACUACGAUACGCCUCGCAACAAGUUCAUGGUGCUAAAGCUGUGUGAUUUGAAGUGGGAGAUUGACUGCUUUCUCUUCGGCACAGCGUUCAACCAGUUCUGGAAGCUCACACCAGGCACACUGCUUGCUAUCAUGAAUCCCGCUAUUCUUCCACCCAAAGGCAACCAGCACGAUGGCAAGUUCUCUCUGAAACUUGGGAGCAGCGAAGAUGCGGUGAUGGAGGUUGGUCUCGCGCGCGAUCUUGGCUACUGUAGUGCUACCAAGAGGGACGGGCAGAAGUGUACAGAGUGGAUCGACAAGCGCAAGACUGAAGCGUGCGAGUUUCACCUCAACCUCCAGAUUGAGAAGGCACGCAAAGGCAACAUGACGGUUAACACAAUGUUCCGCGGUACAGGCAAUCCCCAAGACCGGAUUAAGAGUAAGGUCGCGAAGGAUGCUGAAUUGCGCAAGAAGAAGAUUGGUGGCCAGCACCAUCGCGAAUAUGGUCAGCUCUACCACGUCGCCGGAAAUGGUAAGAGUGCCGCGAGUCUUCUUGACUCUGAAGACAUGGAUGCUUUGCACAAUAUGACUCAAGAAGAGGCUUCACGCAAACGCCUCGCGAAUGCACAGAAGGAGCGUGACCUAGCGAAGAAGCUAGGUGAGAUGGGCAGCGGACCCGGAGCAGAGUAUCUUCGACCGAAGCAUACCACAACCACCACUAUCACAUCGACGACAUCACACAAGGCCACAGCCUCAGAAGAAGCCCGAAAGGAACUUUUCGCCAAACCCUCCGCCUCAGAACUCGGCCUGCUGGGAAAGAAGUCUACAGACGUCCACAUGUCCCCACCCAAAGACCGCAAGAAGCACUUCGGCCUCGGAGCUAUCUCCAUGGCGAACAACAGCAGCGGCAGCAAGUCCUCUACACCCAUGGGCUGGGGCGGCGCGAAGAAGGCUGGCCUCAUCCAGCCGAAGGAGAGUCGACUCGGCAGUCCUGAGCGUGGUCAGACGAAGCUCUCCAUUGAGAAUACACGGCCUGAUCUGGUACGACCGAGGUCGCAGAAUAGUAGUCUCAGAAGCGCUGGGUCGUCGAGUCCGAUCAAGAAGAAGGCGAGGUAUUUGUUAGAGGAGAAGGGGAUUAGGACGCCGGGACGGGAUAGUUUACCUGGUGCUGGGGUUGGGGUGGAGGAUGAUGAUGAUGAUUUGGAUAUUGUAUAA